AGUGUGCGGGCACGCGUUAUCCGGUCGUCGGCGGCAUUGAUUUUCGUCGAGUGUGCAAAAAUGUUUGUUUGCAUUCCUUUUUACACGGUGGUUAAGCAAUACAUCGUCGAAACCUCUCCGCAGAACACCUCGACCGACCCCGACUGAUGAUAGCCCGCACAUGUUGUUAUUGCCGCCGGUCAAAUCCAAACGUGCCGUAUCGCAUCACGUAAAAGUUCUAUCGAUAUCGGGUAUCGCGUGGGAGUUGAUGGGAAGUGGACGAUGCACGGUACCAGGCAAGCUCCACUUUGGCCGCUGUUUUGUUGCGUGAUACUCCUCGAAACCGUCGGUGGAGCGAAGCCAAAACAUUCCGCUCAUUUGGAUCCGCACUGGGACAAUUUUAAGGCGGAACAUAAUAAAACAUACAUAAGAAAUAAUGAACACCACCAUCGUUCAGCGUGGGAGGAGAACUUUCAUCACAUUAAUAGACACAACGAAGAGGCCAAAAGUGGAAAACACAAUUACACACUGGAUUUGAAUCAUUUAGCUGAUAUGCCUAUGCAUCUGUACAAUAAACAUUUUACUAGUCUUUCAUCAAGCAAAUUAACCAAAAGCACAGAUAUGCAUACUGAUCCGUCUCAACAUCAUACGAAAUCAAUUCCUGAAGAGGUUGACUGGCGGGAAAGAGGGUUUAACACGCCCGGAUGGAAUCAAUUGGACUGUGGUGCGUGCUAUGCUUUCAGUAUAGCUUCCAUGCUUGAAGGACAGCUGUUUAAAGCCACGGGAGAGUUGCACACAUUAAGCUCGCAACAAAUCAUCGACUGUUCAAUCGCAUAUGGAAAUCUCGGUUGUUCCGGUGGAUCGUUGAAAAACACAUUGCAGUAUCUCCGGAGAGUCGGGGGAAUUAUGCAAGGACUCGAGUAUUCGUAUAAAGCAAAGAAAACAUUGUGUCAUUUUAAAAAAUAUAGAGCAGUACUUCAAAUUUCAAAAAUUUCAAUACUGCCACCAUCCGAUGAACACGCGCUAAAAGUAGCUGUGGCGCUUAUAGGACCAAUCAGCGUAUCAGUGAAUGCAAAUCCAAAAACAUUUCAAUUGUACUCAUCCGGAGUUUACGACGACCCAGCCUGUUCGUCCAGCAUCGUUAACCACGCAAUGUUGCUGGUCGGGUACACAAAGAACGCUUGGAUUUUGAAAAACUGGUGGAGCUCGAAAUGGGGUGACAACGGUUACAUGUACUUGGCACGUGGCAAGAACCAGUGUGCUGUGUCCACCUACGCUGCUUACGCUACCAUAUUAUUGCCGAGCCAUCGAUCACAGCAUUCGACGCAUCCUCAUGGUUGACCGUGAUACGAAAUUUUCUAUCGUCUCGAGUCACAGCUAAAGCCAAAUAUAUUUAUAUGAAUCAAACAUCUAUCAAAUAUGAAUUUUAAAAAUGACUAAAUACCUAUGUAUUAAAUAAUGGUUUAUUAUUAAAAAAAAAUGAUCUUUACAUUAAAAUAAAAAUAUAUUAUAAUAUGUUUAUACAUAAUUGAAUACACAAUUUGAAAUAUUUUAUAACUUGAAAUCAAUUCCACGUCAAGGCAUUUGAACAAAUAAAUGUUAAUGGAAUUUUUUUCGGAAUUCAGGAUUUUUAGGAUAAUAUCAAAUUUUAUAAAUUGUGUACCUAGCAAAAUGAAAAUAUUGAUAAAUUUUACUUGAUUUUCUAAGUAUACAAAUAACGUAACAAAACAAUAAAAAAAAAAAUUAAUAAACAGAUAGGUAUACUAGUAUGACACUAUUUUUGUUGUGAGUAAUAUCUUAAUCCUAAAGACUGAUCUUACUAGCCACUUAUUACUUGUUUUAACUAAAAGUAAUAAAUACAAUAAUAAAGCUUAGAUAUUUUUUUUUAUUAUUAAUUUAUUAUGCUUAAUAAGUUUUAAGCAACGUUCAAGGGUACGUCAUACCCACAUGUAUUGCCUCCGCGCGUGUACUAACGUGCAACAUAAAAUAUUUGCAUUCAGCAGAUUUUAUUUUAUGUUGAUAGCUUUA